AUGAGCACACAAGACAACAUUGCUAGAUUCCACUACACGACCGAGCAAAAAAUCCGCGCUUGGUAUACUUGUGGUGGUGAUAUUGACCCCUCAACCCUAACCUUCGACCGAUCAUGGCCGCACAUCUCUCCCAAGCUGCACGAUAUCUAUGUCGAGAGGGCACGAUAUCUGGAUAGUUUGGCAGAGCAUGGGGUGCUGGUUGAUGGGUCGAUGUAUGAGAAUUUCUUCGUGGAGGUUUAUAUAAGGUAUUAUCAAGCGAGGGGAGCGGGUGGUGGUAGUUGUGGUGUGCAGGGGGAGGAGGCUAUGCCAUUGACUACAUUUGACGCCUUGCUGGGCGAGCGCAUCGGACGAAGAAUGAAUAUCGAUGUCAACUCGCUCGAGACGCAGGACAGCGACGAAGACAACACAGAUACUCACCCAACAUCUACAGAAGAAAUUGCCUCCCAUCUCUACGGCAUUCAACCCCAAUCUGAAUCUACAAUGAACCCCAUUCUAUCCCGCCUCGAAACUGCUGUUGCCAAAGGCAUCCAAACCCUCAACAACCUGCAAGCCUUCCUCACCAACUCAAAGCCCGAAAUCGAAAACACCUCCGAUGUCUCCGACUGGCUUUCCGAAAUCACCAAAAUAAAACAAUACGCGGCACCCCCCAAAGUCAUCAUCGGGAUAAUCGGUAGCACAGGCGCCGGCAAGUCCUCGCUGAUCAACGCAAUUAUCGACGAGGAGAAUCUGCUGGGGACAAACUGCAUGCACGCUUCCACGGUUGCUGCGACGGAGAUUGCGUAUAAUUAUCGCUCGGGGAAGAAGUAUCGAGCGGAGGUGGAGUUUGUUUCGAGGGGGGAGUGGAAGAGGGAGCUUCGGGCGCUGGUAGGGGAUUUGAAGGAGUGUAAGGGUGAUGAGGGUAGUUUGGGUGAUCGGGGGCUGGGUGGGAACUCCGAGGCUGCGGUGGCCAUAGAGAAGAUACGUGCCGUGUAUCCGGUGUUGAGCGUGACGGAGAUUAAGGAGUUGGAUGUUGAGGGGCUUUUGAGGAAGGAUGGUGUUUGUGAUGUCCUUGGGCAGACUAUAGUUGUGGAGAGUGAUGAUCCCAAGGCAUUUGCGAGAGACCUUGCCGUGUAUAUCGACAGCAAAGGCAAAUGUUCCAAGACCGCUACCAACGACACAGGCAAAGGCAAAGCACCCAUGCAAACCAUCUUAGACAAUCAUCCCGCAACUAAAACUACUAUAAUGACAGCCUACUGGCCCCUCGUGCGCGUCGUCCGAAUCUACACCAGAGCCUGCGCCCUCUCCACCGGCGCAACCCUAGUCGACCUCCCCGGCAUCUUCGACUCCAACGCCGCGCGCGUCGCCGCCGCAGAGGAAUACAUGAAGAAAUGCAGCGCGCACUGGUUUGUAGCACCGAUCAACCGCGCCGUCGACGAUAAAGUCGCGCAGGGCCUGUUGGGACAGAACAUGCGGGUGCAGUUGCUUAUGGACGGCGCUGUGAAUGACUUGACGUUCAUUUGCACUAAGACCGAUGAUGUUUCUGUGAGUGAGGUACCAGAGUCGUUGCUGAAGAGGGAAUCCGUGUCGCCGGAUUUGGGGGAGGGGUUGGAGGAUAUUGGGGUUCUUGAGGAGUGGUUGGUGGGUGCUAAGAGUGAGAUUCUAGAUAUUGCUGAGCGGUUGGAGGAGUUGGGGGUUUGUUCUGAGGGUGGUGGUUCGCAGGGUAGUUCACCUGGUAAGCACAAGAAGAGCAUUUCUGUUUCUGUACAGCGGCCUGCUCUCGACAAUACCUGUGAGAUGCAGUCGAAUUCAGGCCUUGUUUCAGACUUAGUCUUAGAAGACGACACCCGCACCCUCAACGACCGCCGCAAAGGACUAACCAGCCUCUACGGAGCCCUCUCCACCGAGCGCUACACCAAAGAAACCCUAGAACAUGAAAAUCAAGUCCUCCAAACCAACCUCAUCCACGAAUAUAUCCAAGCCCGCAACACUUACUCCAAAAAAGAACUCAAACAUGACUUUGCGCGUGGAAUCCACGCCUUCCACAGCAGGUCCCGACACGUACCGUCUUCCACACAAGACCCUAGCUACUGCCACGCCCUCGAACAAGACCUUUCCGUCUUCUGCGUCUCAACGUGUGCGUACCAGAAACUCCAGGGCCGCUUGCGUCGUGAAGCGCCCGUUUCUGGGUUUAGUGCUCUUGAGCAGACGGAGAUUCCGCAGUUACAGGCGCAUUGCAUCACAGUGACAGAGCAGGCGAGAGAGGCGUCUGCGCUGAGGUUCUUGUUUCAUUUGCGGAGGGUGUUGGAUUCGAUUAGGUUGUGGGCGACGGUGGAGGAUGGGGCACGGGUGGUUUCGCAGGGGAAAAAGGUCGAGAUCGAGGCGAGGUAUUAUAUUGCUGAGGAGAGUUUUAAGAGGGAAGUUGAGCGGACGUGCGAGGGAUUGAUGCAGGGGAUUUGCGAUAUUUUGACUCUGAACGUCAUUCGCAAUUUUGGCGAUGCUUCGAUUUUGGCGAGCAAGAAGUGUGAUGAGACCGUCAAGGACUGGAGCGACCUCAACUACAACACGUACAAAGCCGUCUGUUGCCGACAGGGUGUUUUUAGAUUCCAUAACUGGAACCAGGAGUUGGCCAAUCUUGUCAUUGAACCAUUGCUGUGCGAUUGGAUAAAUGCUUUUGAAAAUGAGAUGCCCCUGGAAGUCGACUGGUUCACCCAGUUGAUGAAGACUCAUCUGCAAGCGUUCCAUACCCAUGCGAUCUCAGCCGCUGAGAUCAUCCUCUCCGACGAAAUCAAGAACGAGCUCAAAGAAAUUUGGAAGGUUCAGUACAAGGUAAUGAAGAGAGAUGUGGUCCACACGGUCAACAGAGCAAGACGCAAGCAACGCGGAAUCAACCGAGAAUUUGCCGUUGGUGUGGAAGAAUACUUGCAUCCCGCGUACCUGAAAUGCGCCUAUGAAAAUGGCUCCGGCAUGUUCCACCGUAUGCGAGAACACAUCCGCACCCAAAGCACCGGAAUCGAGCUCUUCCAGCAUAGCACCGACCGAGUUAAAUCCGAAUUGAUCAAGCUGCUGGACAAGAUCGAACACGAUCUGAUCUCCAUCACCACGCGUCUUAUGGAACAAACAACGCGCGACUACACUACUUGCAUCAUCACCCCGCUGGUCCAGCAGCUCACAUCUUCAAGUCAGAGUCAGGCUCGGAUCAAGCGGGAGGCGGCGGAUGUGGCCCGGGAAGCUGAGACGGAGCUUGGGCUCGAUGAGCUGUUGAAUAACGUUAAUACUACUGCUGCUACUACUGGUACUAGUCAUGGGCGUGGCCCGUGGGAAGGUGAUGGACGUGAUGGGCAACGCGAGCGACACGCGCUGGAGACUAUUAAAGAAGAAGAUGAGAGCGAGUAA